AUGCAGGGAUUUGGCCCAGCUUGUAUCUUCCUACGGAAGGGCAUUGCGGAGAAGCAGGGGUAUCGGGAGUUGGGAACAGACGAGAUUGAAGAGCUCCGCGAUGCCUUUCUAGAGUUCGACAAAGACAAAGAUGGCUUCAUCACUUGCAAGGACCUCGGCAACCUGAUGAGGAUUAUGGGAUACAUGCCGACAGAGAUGGAGCUGAUCGAGUUAUCGCAGCAGAUCAACAUGAACCUUGGUGGUCGGGUGGACUUCCAGGACUUUGUUGAUUUGAUGACUCCAAAGCUGCUGGAGGAGACGGCAGGAAUGAUCGGGGUGAAGGAACUCCGAGAUGCCUUCAAAGAGUUUGAUGCUAAUGGUGAUGGAGAGAUCACUUUGGAAGAGCUACAGCAAGCCAUGCAAAGGCUUCUAGGAGAGAAGCUGACCAAUAAUGAGAUUGCUGACGUAGUGAGAGAAGCCGAUCUGAACGGAGAUGGCACGGUGGAUUUUGAAGAGUUCGUCCGGAUGAUGUCACGCUGA